CUGUACGAGACCGCUGCUAAGGCACUUGUCGUUGAGUACCCUGUACUUAGGGACACUAUUGGAACUGGUUGGGACUCUUGGAAAGUAUCUAUUCAAUAUAAAUUUGGCUACAUGAGGAGAACCCUGGGCACAGUGCCUGCUUUCCAGGCAGCCAAGGAGGCCUUUGGUAAGCGAAAACAUGAGGAGAGUGCUGUCACACCACACACCAAAAGGCAAAGCCGUGUGACAACAAGCUUCCAACACGUUGACCAUGACGAAGCCGUUUUAAAAGGACGCAUGGAUCUCAUGGUCAAAGAGAUGUCUCGACGUUCACCGAACCUCAAGAAACUGAGCGAAUCGAUGAAGCAAACGCGGUCUUCAAGGAGUACUUGGAUGAAGGAUACCAAGACAACAUCUGCUCAAAUACUUGAAAAGUAUCCAGCUUUGGCCAAUGCUGAAAUGCUCCACGAAGAAUUCACCGCUCUAACCGGCAUUGAAAUAGAAAAGAAGUUGUUGCCCUUCAUCAACAACUACGGGCAUAAGUGCAUUGACUUGCUGAAAUGUCGCCCCUCCACAAAGAAGUGUGCCAAGAAACUUGAAGCAGAGCUCAAUGGACGGGAAGAAAAUGGCCGCAAAUAUCGAUUUGCAGUCGGUGUAAUCGAACUCCUGCCGCUGCUUGUGAAAGAAAAACCAAAGUUUCUGAGCGGCCCUGACAUCUAUCCCACCCUGCAUUUUGACGCCACAAGUAUUCUCGAGGCCGAAUAUGUGACAGUGAGCUUCGAGGCCUUCAGUAUGGAUGUUGUAGACGUGAUAGCCGGCAUGAGUGCCAUCAUGGAACUUUACUGGAUGCUGGACGUCAAAUGCGCAGACAGCAACAAGAACACACUAGCUCUGCUCGAGCACUUUUCUGACCUCCCAAAUGAUGGAGAACUGGUGACCAAUGGCUGA